AUGGCUUCAACUGAUAAUUUAAAUCAGUUGGAGCCAACUUUUAUGUAUACCCAGCUAUUCAAGGAAAUUCUUAUUGAUAUGGAACAUGAUAGCCAGGCAAUCAAGAACUUUAUUACUUACAGUCGUCAAAAUGACUGCGGGUCUACAGUUAUUAUUGAUCGAUUCCAAAACGAAUACCAUCAUCAAUCAGCUAUUUGGUGGUAUACGUAUCCAUCAUUUAUCUAUUCUAUGUUGAAUUAUGCUCUUCGCUCUAUGGAAGGUGAUACCAUUAUUAACAUGGGCUUUUUUAUACAUGAUCUUCACCAACAAAUUCAACAACUACACCAACAACAGGUUCAUAGUUAUCAUAGCAAAUCAUUCAUUGUUUACCGGGGACAAGGUCUAUCCAAAGCAAAUUUCGAAAAACUUAAAAGAGCAAAACGUGGUUUAAUGUCCUUUAAUAACUUUUUAUCCACGAGUACAGAACAAGACAUAGCUCUCGGACUUGCUUAUAGUGCCUCAGAAAACGUGGACAUGAUUGGCAUUCUAUUUAUAAUGUCUAUUGAUCCUUGUAUUAAAUCAGCACCAUUUGCCGCCAUCAAAGAAAUAAGUUAUUUUAAUCAAGAAGAAGAAAUUCUCUUCUCCAUGCACACCGUCUUUCGAGUGGGUGCAAUUAAACAAAUGGACAAUGAGAAUCAACUUUAUCAAGUUGAAUUACAGUUAACAUCGGAUGAUGAUCAAGAAUUGCGAUUACUUACUGAUCGGAUACGAGAAGAAGCUGGUGGUGGUACUGGAUGGCAGAGACUGGGUAAUUUAUUGCUUAAAGUCGGUCAAUUUAAUAAAGCUAAAGAACUUUGUAACGCAUUACUGGAACAGACAUCUGAUGAGAGUGAAAAAGCGUUUUAUUAUAAUCAACUUGGGGUUGUCUCUUCCAAUCAAGGUGAUUCUGAAAAGGCUAUUUGGUAUUAUAAACAAGGGCUUGAAAUUGUGCAAAAAACUCUCCCUUCAAAUCAUCCUAAUUUGGCUGUUUCAUACAGCAACAUCGGUAUUGUGUAUUUUGACUUGGGAGAGUACUCAAAAGUGCUUUCAUAUUACGAAAAAGCACUUGAAAUCUAUCAAAAAACUCUCCCUUCAAAUCAUCCCCAUUUGGCUACUUCAUACAACAACGUCGGUUUAGUAUAUUACAACAUGAGUGAGUACUCGAAAGCACUUUCAUAUUACAAAAAAGCACUAGAAAUUCAAGGAAGAACUCUUCCUUCAAAUCAUCCGGAUUUCGCACAGUCAUACAACAACAUUGGUAUUGUGUAUUAUAACUUGGGAGAGUACUCGAAAGUGCUUUGGUCUCUCGAAAAAGCACGUGAAAUUUUGCAAAAAACUCUUCCUCCGAAUCAUCCUAAUUUUGCGAAGUCAUGCCACAAUACCGGUAUGGUGUAUCACAACAUGGGAGAGUACUCGAAAGCACUUUCAUUUUACGAAAAAGCACUUCAGAUUCAAGAAAAAACUCUUCCUUCAAAUCAUCCUGAUUUGGCUACUUCAUACAACAGCAACGGUAGUGUGUAUGGCAGAAUGGGAGAGUACUCGAAAGCACUUUCAUAUUACGAAAAAGCACUCGAAAUUCGACAACAAUUUCUUUCCUCAAAUCAUCCUGAUUUGGCUACUUCAUACAACAACAUUGGUAGUGUGUAUCACAACAUGGGAGAGUACUCGAAAGCACUUUCAUUUUACGAAAAAGCACUUCAGAUUCAAGAAAAAACUCUUCCUUCAAAUCAUGAUGAUUUCGCACAGUCAUACAGCAACAUCGGUAUGGUGUAUCACAACAUGGGAGAGUACUCGAAAGCACUUUCAUUUUACGAAAAAGCACUUCAGAUUCAAGAAAAAACUCUUCCUUCAAAUCAUCCUGAUUUGGCUACUUCAUACAGCAACAUCGGUACUGUGUAUACCAACAUGAUAGAUUACGAGAAAGCAAUGUCAUCUCACGAAAAAGCACUCGAAAUUCGACAACAAUUUCUUUCCUCAAAUCAUCCUGAUUUGGCUACUUCAUACAACAACAUUGGUAGUGUGUAUAACAACAUGGGAGAGUGCUCGAAAGCACUUUCAUUUUACGAAAAAGCACUUGAAAUUCAAGAAAAAACUCUUCCUUCAAACCAUCCUCAUUUGGCUGCUUUAUGCAACAACAUCGGUUUGGUUUAUGCCAAGAUGGGAGAGUACUCGAAGGCACUUUCAUUUUAUGAAAAAGCAACUGGAGUUCAAGAAAAAAUUCUUCCUUCAAAUCAUCCUGAUUUGGCUACUUCAUACGACAACACCGGUGGUGUGUUUGACCAAAUGGGAAAGUACUCGAAAGCACUAUCAUUUUAUGAAAAAGCACUUGAAAUUCGAGAAAAAACUCUUCCUUCAAAUCAUCCUGCUUUGGCUACUUCGUACAGCUAUAUCGCUGUGGUAUAUUAUAAGAUCAAUGACUACUCGAAAGCACUGUCUUACUUGAAACGUGCUCUGGACAUAUGGCAACGUACAUUAUCUCCAACUCAUCCUUGUAUUCGAAAUAUAAAACAGACUAUUGAAAUUGUAAAAGAAGAAAUUAUAAAGAAUGUUUAA